AUGACAAAGACCAUAAAACACUGAGUCCGAAGUAAGGGCUGUACAAUGGCAGAGGACCACAACACAAAAGACACCUUGAAACCCCUGGUGUUCCGUCUCCACGAGAGCGUUCCUAAAGUGGUCCGUGAAGUCUUAAUGGAACGUGGCUGGAGAGAAUUUGAUGAACAAGAGCAGGACAAAUCAGACUGGAAUCUAUACUGGCGGAACACCCCUUUCCAUGUGACAGACCACCGUAACAUUAAACCCUGGCAGAGGCUCAAUCACUAUCCAGAAACAGUCAAGAUCACAAGGAAAGACUAUCUGGCAAGAAACCUUAAACGUAUGAAAGGAAUUUAUGGAUCAGCACUGUAUGAAUUUAGUCCAGUGGCAUUCAUUAUGCCAAACGACUAUGUCAAGUUUAUAGCAGAAUAUAGCAAGGAGAGAGAAUCCCAAGGCAGAAAGUCAAGCUACUGGAUUUGCAAACCUGUGAAUCUGUCUCGAGGAAGGGGGAUACUCAUUUUCCAGGACAUUAAGGAUCUCAUAUAUGAUUGUGUGGUCAUUGUGCAGAAGUAUAUUAGUAACCCUUUGCUUAUUUCUGGGUACAAAUGGGAUCUCCGCCUGUAUGUUUGUGUCACUAGUUUUUGCCCCCUCACCAUUUACACUUAUGAAGAAGGACUGGUGAGGUUUGCCACAGAAAAGUUUGACCUCAGUUAUCUAGACAAUGUAUACGCCCAUCUGACAAACACCAGCAUCAAUAAGUUUGGGCCCGCGUAUAAAAAAGAUAAAGUAGGGAUUGGCCGUGGUUGCAAAUGGACAUUCAGCAAAUGCCGUUCUUACCUACGCAGCCGUGGCGUAGACGACCUACUUUUGUGGCAAAGAAUCAACAACAUUGUGACACUGACCCUUCUUGCUAUCACCCCUUCUGUACCAUUGACUCACAAUUGCUUUGAGCUCUUUGGGUUUGAUAUUCUGAUAGAUGACAAAUUCAAACCAUGGCUUUUAGAAGUGAACUGCAGCCCAGCCUUACAUUUAGACUGCUCCAUUGAUGCAACAGUGAAAAAAGGACUUCUCCAUGAUGUCAUUGAAUUACUAAACUACAAACAAAUUGACACCCUGAGACAAAGUAAAGGAGCCAGGACUAAAGCAUCCUGUGCUAGUAAGUCACAGGUCUCCUUGAGUAUUCACAGUAAAAGUGCAACUGAUUCUGCCCCACAUUUCCUUGCUUCUAGGCAACCACAGACUGAAUGCACUGUCGCUUCUCCUGUACAAUCUCUCUUGGAAGUUGCAGGAAGAUCAUUUAGUGAAGAGGCCAUAGUGACUAGGAAAGCAGCCAGAGUACAUCCAAGGAAAACGCUGACCUCACAGCUCCGGGAGAGGAUGAACACGCCAAAAAUAUCUUUCCCCUCCAGAGCUGCAUCUAAUAGCAAACCAGUACUAGGAACUUUACAUCAUGUGCCUGUGCCUGUGCCUGGCCAAUCCACCCAAUGGCUGCCCAUUGAGUUAUAUAAAAACAAAUUAAGCAUCCCUCCUUAUUUUCUCACAGAUCAAGACAAGAAGCCCUUUCCUCGAAUAGGUGAUUUUGUCCUUAUAUUCCCUUUCAAUGAUGCUGCACUUCAAGCUUCCAGAAAUGGAAUAGAUGUAAAAGGCAUCAUACAAGAAAUACACAAAUUAAUGACUGAACAGUUGUCCCGGGGAAUACAAAAAGUAAAGGAGAGAAAAGAUUAUUUAACUAUUAAAAAAUGUCUAUAAGCUACAACACAAUGAAAGAGUCAGAUUAUAAACAGUACCAAGGGGUACUGAGAUACUAACCUGGUUGUUUAGUUUUAAAAGGACAGG